CAAAGUAAGGUUUGGUGUUUUUAGCCGGAUAUCAGAGCACGUCACAGCCCGGGCCUGCUGCUGCUUUCUUCUUAGCCAGGAGGAGCCUCAGGUGGGCCUAAAGGACCAGUUUUUAGAGGACUGACCUCACUUUGUCCCGCUGCUCCAAGRAGACAGUCCUGAAGUCWUCAUUAUGGACCUGGACAGUAAACGAUUGGUGGUGGUGGUGCCGAACGAGGUGUCGGUGGCCUCCCGCCGAGUGUUCAGCAGCGAGGAUGAGGCGUGGAAGAGCUAUCUGGAGAACCCGCUGACUGCCGCCACCAAGGCCAUGAUGAGCAUCAACGGAGACGAGGACAGCGCGGCGGCUCUGGGCCUGCUGUACGACUACUACAAGAUUCCCAGAGAGAGGAAACGCACAUCCAGUGGCAUUACUGACACAUCUGCUGUUGCGUCUCAUAAUCAUGGCGGUCAGGACCUGCUGGAUCCCAGCUGUCACACUCUGAGGUCCAUGCCAGUCAACCUCUCCCUGAACAACGGCGCCUCUGCAGAACUUCACGGCUCCAAGCAGGGAGCGCAGAGCCUCGCAGGAGAUCCCAGAGGARGAGGUGGGAAAGGUGGGGGCAGUGCACCGCUUGCUCUGGUCAAAUCAGAAGAUCAGACCUCCGUGGCAGUCCCCUGUUCUGGUGGCUCUUAUCAAGAAGAACCUAAAGGGCAGAUGAGGAUGGUUUAUGAGCAGAACCGCUAUGAUCUGGGCCUCAGUGGUUACCUGAAAGAUGAACAAAGCAGCACUCCAGACAGCACGUAUGAUGGAUCUGUGGAGGAAGAGAUUUAUCAGAGAAGUUCUUCCUCAGGAGCAGAUGCCUCCAAUUAUAACCUACCAGCUAACAGUUUCAAGUACAGCCUGGAGGCCAGCAUGUCUCUGCGGCCGCGGCAGGCAGACGGACCCAUGGCUUACCUGAAUCGGGGCCAGUUCUACGCUCUGACGCUCUCUGAGACGGGCUUCAGGCCAUCCCUCGGUCAGCCCAGGGGCAGAGACUGGCCAAGUGGAGCCGCACAACCACAGAGGCCUGAUGGGAAAUUGUCCAGCUGUGAGCGGUGGACUAGGGGCAGCGCCGACCUGCAACAGGACAGUGUGGUACAGAGUGUUAUCAUGGUGGUCUUUGGAGAGGACAAGUCCAGAGAUGAGCAGCUAAAGAACUGGAAAUACUGGCACUCUCGUCAGCCCACUGCCAAACAGAGGGUCCUGGAUAUCGCUGACUACAAGGAGAGCUUCAGUACGAUCGGGAACGURGAGGAAAUCGCCUACAAUGCUGUGUCUUUCACCUGGGAUGUCAGCGAGGGAGCCAAGGUCUUUAUUUCUGUGAACUGCCUGAGCACGGACUUCUCCCUGCAGAAGGGGGUGAAGGGGAUGCCUCUGAUCAUCCAGAUCGACACCUACAGCUACAGCAGCUGCAGCAGCCGGCCCGUCCACAGGGCCUUCGCUCAGAUCAAGGUGUUCUGCGACAAGGGUGCUGAGAGGAAGCUUCGUGACGAGGAGAAGAAACAACUCAGGAGGAGGAUAAAAGGGAAAACCAGCAGCUCGGGCUCGACCUCUCCUAUUAAAAGGGCUGAACGUACGCUCUUCAAAAGCAUGCAGGACCUGGACUCCCAGCCGGUCCUCUUCAUCCCUAAUGUUCACUUUGGGAACCUGCAGAGAGCGGGCCAGGUGUUUGCUGUCAGCACCGAGGAGGAGGUUAUCGACACAGGAGUUCCCCUGAAGAAGAUGAGUCAGGAAGAUUUCUGUGCCYUUCCACCCAAGAAGUCCAAACAGGAGCAAGAAAGAAAAGUUCUUCUUUAUGUGAGGAAGGAGUGUGAUGAAGUGUUCGAUGCCUUGAUGCUGCGAGCACCGACCCUCAGAGCACUGAUGGAGGCAAUUUCUGAGAAAUACUCAGUCCCUGUUGACAAGAUGACCAGAGUUUACCAAAAAAGCAAAAAAGGGGUCCUGGUGAACAUGGACGACAACAUGAUCCAGCACUACUCCCACGAGGACACGUUUCUGCUGUCUCUGGAGAGCUCGGCUGACUCUGUGAGGGUGACUCUGUCAGAAAUCUGACUGUUGUCUGUGCGUGUUCACUUUGUAAAUAAAAACAUUCACCGUGAGCUCCGUCACUGGCUCUAAAUCUCCACCACAGCAGUCUGAUUACCGCUGACUGUCUGAACAAACCCACGUCCUSCCCGCUGAUGCUCGUUUCUACUCUGUCAGGUUUUUGCACUACAGGCACCCGCCGUGUUCAUCGAGUAGGAAAAGCUAAACUUCAGAAUGAGUUAAUUAUUGUUCAAACUAAGAUGAGAUUUAAUCCAUAACACAGAACAACAACCCAGCCYGCUGUGGUUCAACAGAAAGAAGAUAUUUAUGUGUCAGAUUACCAGAGAGUUUUUGUGUUUUCAACCUUUAUUUUGACAGGAAGUGGAAUCUGUAAAUAACCAGAUGUGUGUUUGCAGGAUGAGGCGUAAUGUUUUAUGURUUGCUGCUUGAAUGUUUUUAUUUUUGUGUCAAAGUGAACAGAUUCAAAUUGUUGUUGCUUUUAUUUUGUGUACAUUCUGAUGCGGUGCCAGUGAGACGUCACCAGAUGUUCUAAUCAGUAUUGAUCCCAGAACCUAAAUGACACGAGGUGCCAUCAUAGAACAAGACUACAGGAUGUUGGUUCAACAGUUCUUCCUGUGUGCAUCUGGUUGUUUGUUUGUUUUCAUUACAGAGGCUGUCGUCGUCAGUAUUUAUAACAGUUUUAUUCUGAGGCUGUAGAGAAUUGUUAGACAUUUACUGUGAAAUGUUUAAGUUCUGACCUGUUUACGCCUAAUUCACCAGCAUCCUCUGUAUCCUUCAUGUGUUGUUGUGCCUUAAUGUACAGUCUUUUAAAYGAGUCAAUAAAUCUAGUUUUGUAUCAGG